AUGUCGUCGCGGACGCGUUGUCGCGACGACCAGACUACGCUGUCAAGACAGCCGACAUCAACCGGGUUGAUGUUGCUCGGACCUACACACCGUUGUCGUUAUGCGCAUGACGCAGACGCGAAGCAGCUGAUCGAGUUCCUCUCAGCUCCUUCCGACAAAGCACGUCGGAAGUUGGCCCCUCGUCUACGUGCGAGUGUACACCGGUAUCGUGUGCACGACGGUCUACUGCUUGACAGCGCUGUGGACGACAACGCGGAACGCAUUGUCGUGCCGACUGAUCCUGACCUGCGCAGCAGGAUCAUGUACGAGUAUCACGAUGUCCCCACGGCGAGACAUCCAGGACGUGAGAAGACGUACUCCCUUCUCACGCGAGACUUCUACUGGAACCACCAGUACAAGUGGGUGCGCAAGUACUGUUGGGAGUCCAUCUCAAUGGACUUCGUGUUUGGCCUUCCGCGCGAUUCCAGGCGGAAGACUGGUAUAGUGGUCUUUGUGGACAGCUUCAGCAAGAUGGUACAUCUCGCUGCUGUCGAAGCGGAGGUGACCUCCGUACAAACGGCACGUCUUUUCGUCGACAUGGUGUUCAAGCACCAUGGCAUACCCAACGACUUUGUGUCGGACCGCGAUCCGCGCUUCACGGCGCGUUUCUGGCAAGAAGUGUUCACACUUCUUGGAACACGGUUCUCUAUGUCGACUGCGGAUCAUCCGCAGACGGACGGGCAAACCGAGCGCGUGAAUCGCGUGCUCGUGGACUUGCUGAAAAGCUACGCCCAGUCGUUCCACAACUGCAGCGACUAUUUGCCGAUGGCCGAGUUCGCCAUCAACAACGCGGUGCAUGCCUCGACUGGGCAUACCCCGUUCUUCGUGAACGCCAUGCGGCAUCCGCGCCAUCCGAGCACGCUCGGUGGGGGAGGAUCUACGGUUGCGUCUGAACAACCGCAGAAGACAGCUGAUACGGAUCUAUCAGCUGCGAUGACACGUGCGAGAGCGAGAACCCGCACAGGACAAGGCGACGUGUCAGUGCCGGGCACUGACACUGUGAAGAACGACGAGCAGGCGACACCUGCUUCGACCAAGGACAACGUGUCUGUGCAGGGCACAUACACCGCGAAGACUCACGCACAGGCCGGGCCUGUUGCACGCACAAGUGAUUCUGGGACUGAUGAGAACACAAGUGGCGAGUCUGUGCAGGGCACAGACGCGGACAAGACCAAUGAGCUGGACCCGGGGUUCAGCUCUCAAGCAAUGGACUUUGUCCAGGAACGACAAGCAGUCAAGCCGAACCCAGACAACGUUGGCAGGGGUAAUACAAAUGAAUUCAAAAUUGGUUCAUUUGUUUUGUUAUCUACCCAAAACUUGCCUACUCAUGCCGUUUCUGGAUUCGGAGCAAGCAAGCUUGCUCUGCGCUUCAUUGGACCGUUCACGGUGGCAGAACGUCACGGCAACGCAUACACGUUGGAACUUCCUUCCGACAUGAGACUCCACCCAACGUUCUACGUUGGGCGCUUGAAGCCAUACGUGCAGCCCGAGUCAUCUAGUCGUGAUGACUCGCCGACGACGACGCGCAGCGCGUCCUCAGCUUCUCCCCAAGCUUUUCACCUUCUCCCGGAGAAGGCGAACUUGUUCCGACACCUCAACACGGAUGUUUGA